UGACCUUUAUGGAUUCCCCAAAGGACCCAAGCCUCUCUGGCAUGUGGAUCUCCUUGUGCAUUGGAUUCCUGGGGCUGUGUUCUGUGCUAAUAGGAAGCUGCAUACUCUUUCUGCACUGGAAGAAGAACUUGCAAAGAGAAGAACGUGCCCAGCAGUGGGUGGAAGUGAUGAGAGCUGCCACAUUCACCUACAGCCCACUGUUGUACUGGAUAAACAAGCGGCGUUACCAUGGCAUGAAUGUAGCCAUUAACACAGGCCCUCCCCCUGCUGUCACCAAGACUGAGCCAGAAGAUCAGAAUCCAGAUUCUUUGUGGGAGUUGGAUCUCUCUGAAGGCAGAAACUUAGUUGUACAAGACAGCAGCCCCAGAGGUGAAGCCUCUGAUCUCUUGCAACAUGUUUUGGGGAUUCCAAAGCAGCCCCUGUCUUCAAAAAUGCCACAGCCUCGGACUGACUCCCCAUUCCCACUCCCCACCUUUCAGGAGGUGCCCUUUGCCCUAUCCCUCUGCCACCUGCCUCCCAUGUUGAACCACUCUGUCUCUUACCCUUUGGCCAACAGCCCUGAAAGGAAUGUUCCUUUCUGUUCCCUCCCAACACUGGCCCAUGGAACAAACUGCUUUAAUGCCAAGCCUUUUGCUUCAGAGCUGUAGUUUCCUCUUAGGGUGGGAGCUGCAAGUACCAAAGGCUCCCUUUGGUAGAACACAGAGAUAACCACAAGGAGUUGGUACUGACAAGGAGAUCACAGCCACCUGGUGAGCGGUUUAAAGCCACAAACUUAAAAAAAAAAAAAAUAAAGUCCAAGUUUUCCACUGUC